AUGGAUGAGCAGCACAUCACAAUGAGGUUUGCCCUCUUAGCCCUUGUUGGUGUGGCCCUCGGGGUCCACCACACCUUGGAUCAGAACCUUUUGAAGCCGCGCAAGGAAUACAUCUUCCGCUUCGAAGGAGAUGUCCACUCCGGCAUCCCUCUUCCCACCGAGAGCGAGAUCUCUCGCAUCGAAGCACUCGUUCACGUUCAAACACCUGACGAUCAUAACGCUCUACUGAAACUGAGAGAGAUCCGUUUUGCUACUGGAAAGGACGAGCGCAAGGAGAACUUCAAGAACAUCGAAGAUUUGCAGAUCCACGAGAUCACCAAGAAGCACAUGGAGCUUCUGGAACUGCCAGUGAAAUUCGGCUACAGAGACGGUAUGGUCUCCGAGCUGCAAUUCCACAGCAAUGAUGAGACGUGGUCCAAGAACGUGAAGCGCUCAAUCAUCAACAUGCUCCAGUUGAACCUGCACAAGAUGGGUCGCACCGAGGAGAUGAACAGGAUGGAGAGAUACGAGAACGUGCGCGAGAACGACAACGACUACUUCACUGCCACCGAGAGAACGAUCGAAGGUGAGUGUGAGGUAGCCUACACCAUUAUCAAGAAGGAGCACGUCACUGAAGUUACCAAGUCCGUCAACUUCAACAAGUGCACCAAGCGCCCGAUCACCAAGUACAACUUCCGCCACCAGACGGAGUGCCGUGACUGCAAAGAGACUGAUUUCUUCGAGCCGAACACCGUCUACACGUAUGAGCUCGAGAGAGACGGAAUCAAGAGCGUCGAGGUUCGCUCCGUCUACACCAUCACCGUUGAGAAUCAGCCAGUGAUGAAGACUGAGGUGCGCUCUCGAAUGAAUCUCGAGGAGACAAAGGAAAUCCAUCGCGAGUUUGAAUGGAGCAAUGGCAAAAAGGAGUCGCUCAUCUACUCCAACGAAAUGGAGCGAAACAUCGAACGAUUCUACAAGGAGGGAGACGAAGUCGAAGUCCGCCCUUACGAACAUGUUAAGGAUAAGUUCGAAGAAAUCCGUAAGCUUGUUGACGAGAUCAAAGAGAUGAAGGAGGAAACGCAGGAAACAACCCAUAUGCUUUCACGUCUAGUGUUCAUGCUCCGUAUGUGCACUGUCGAGGAGCUCAACAUGGUGCACAACAAGAUCUACAGGAACGUCGACAUCCGCAUGAAGAAGAUGAUCGAGCACUGCCUCUCGAUUGCUGGAACCAAAAAUACCAUCACUCAUCUGCUGCAUCACAUGCAAAAGGAGGAGAUCGAAACCUACAGAGUUGUGCACAUCCUGAAGUCCAUCCAGGAAACUCCCUUCCCAUCUCCUAGGAUCGUCGAAGAGCUCAUUCGCUUCGCCGAGACCGAAUUUGUCAGACGUUCACCUGUCAUUCGCCAGACUGUCUGGCUUACCAUCGGAUCCGUGAUGCGUGGCGUCGUCGGCGAAACCAAGGAAGAGCAUAUUGUGAAGGAGGAAAGGCGUGACCUCAAGCACAAAUACCUCCAGAUUAUCAUGAGGGAGUACGCAAAGGCCGAGACUAUCUACGAGAAGAUCCUCUACCUGAAGUCCCUGGCCAAUGCAGGAAUCGACCUCUCAGUCUAUGAGCUUGAGAAGAUCAUCCUGAACAAACACGAAGAGCUACCUGUCCGCAUGGAGGCAAUUGAUGCUCUCCGUCUCCUCAGAGAGUCGAUGCCACGAAAGAUUCAGUCGAUUCUUAUGCCCGUCUACAAGAGCCGUCACGAGCAUCCCGAGCUGAGAAUGGCUGCCCUGGUCCGCAUCAUGCACACUCUGCCGCGCCAGCCAGUCAUCGUCCAGAUCAUCUCCACGAUGGAGCGUGAGCCGAACCAUCAUGUUGCCGCCUUCACCUACGACCUCCUCAACUCCUUCGCCAAGUCGACUCACACUUGCUACAAGAAGCUUGCCCAGGAGAUUCGCCCACUUCUUAGCAUCACCCGCUACGUACGUGGAGAGCGCAUGCUCACCAGCACUUACAAGUACAUGCCAAUGUUCACUGAGGAUAUGCUGACCGGCAUCAACAUGGACUUCGCCACCAUCUUCGGAAAGAACUCGGUCUGGCCAAAGGAGCUGAUGAUGUCUCUCGACAGCGUCUUCAACGGAAUGUGGAACAAGUAUCUCUUCCAGCUGGGAUUCUCGCAGCAGAACAUUGAGAAACUCGUCGAAAAGAUCACUGACAAGCUCCAGAGAAUGGAAAGGGAAGAAUCUAACACCGUUGUUCGCGGACGCCGCAUUCGUGAAUCCCUGAACAUCCUGAAGGAGAUUGCCAAGAAGCUCAACAUCCGCCCACGUGUCACUGAUCACAGAACCCCCCAUGUCAUGCUCUACCUCCGCUACAAGGACAUGGACUAUGCCGUGCUUCCACUCGACGAGAAAAUGAUCGAGGAACUUGUGGAGAAAUACAUCAGAGAGGGAAGACUUGAGAGGAAGGAGCUUGACCGACUCUUCAACCGCGAACCUGAAUUCCACCUACACACAUUCACGUACCUCUAUGAGACGAUCAGGAGGGUCCCAACCACCCUUGGUCUUCCGCUCAUUUUCAAGUGCAAGUUGCCAACUGUCAUGUCCGCUGAAGGAGAAUUCACGCUGGAGAAGAUAACCGACGGACUCCGUGUUCGCAUGAACACUCAGCCAGCCCUUGCCUCCACUCAAGUGAGUGAGAUGAGAGUGUGGAACCCGCUCUACGAGCAAGGCGUUAAGAUUGUCCGCUCCGUCGAAGCUCGUCUCCCACUCGAUUUUGUCCUGGAAAUGACCUACAACAAGGAAUUCGAGCUCAAAUAUACCAUGAACAUCCCAACCGAAGAGAAGACUCUUCUACACGUGAUGACUCGUCCAGUCGUCUUCUUCCGCUUCCUCAGCGGCGAGAAGAACCACUUCCGUGAGGCUAGGCAGAGGACCGUGGUCAUUCCACAAUGGGAGAGGCUCCACAACGAAGAGGAGAAGGUCAUCGUGUUCUCUGGAAUGAAGGCCGUCCUUCGCGGAAACUGGCACAAGAACUGGAACAUGCGCAACGUACUUCUCGAAGAGUCCGACUGGGAGCUGGUAAUGGUUCCAACACGUGAUACUCCCAGAAAGAUCCGCUUCCACCUGAACACUGGAAGAAUCGAGAAGUUCCGCAUGGAGAGACCAGACUUCACCAACCUUUUCGACAAGGAGUUUGAGACCGAAACCACCGACUACGAGAGACUUGAGGAGCGCGAACGUCGCGAGACCUUCCACAGAAGAGUUCGUGACAUCGAGAGAGCCGAGGGAUACAGACACCGCAUGAACCUCAAGAUUGAAACUGUAGAAUCCCCAGUGCAGCACUACGGAGAGGUCGAAUUCGUGACUGUUUGCGACGAGGAGCUCCGUUACUGCAAGAUGACUGUUGAUGGCAAACGCUCUCCCAUGAAUGAGGAACGCCGUGAGUGGAGAUUCCACACUAAGAUGCAGCUUGUUCUCCCUCACCGUCCCAAGACUCUCAAGGAACUGAAGGAGCAGAUCCACCGCGAAGUUCAGGGACUCGUUGAGAUGAGAUGGGGAGCAGAAGAGAAGAACGAAAUGAAGAUUAAGAUUCAGUUGGAGCAGGACAAGGAGCAGAAGAGAUGGCUGAGACUGGCCGAGAGGGAGCACAAAGGACUCACUGCCUACGAUCUUCUUCUCAGGGCAUCUCGUCUCAACCAGCUGAAGACUGUCGUUGAGUACGAACUCACUCCAUUCUACAAGAACUUCUUCGAACGCGUCUACAACCUCUUCAGAGGAUACACCUUCUGGCACUACAAGAUGACAAGGACCAACAACGAACACAAUCGCAUCUUCCUCAAGAUCAAUGUUGAUCCAGUCAGCCGUGGCCUUAUCAACGUUCUUCUGGAAACCCCCAAGGAACGCAUGGAGCUGCGCGACUACGUUGUUCCCCAACUCUACCUGCCCACAAUUGCUAAGAGAACACUCCGUGACAUCCGUGACGAGAUGGUAAAGGAACGCAUGUGUGAAGUGAAGAGCACUAAGGUCAGGACCUUCGACGACGUCAUCUUCCGCGCACCGCUCACCAACUGCUACUCGGUGAUCGCCAAGGACUGCACCGAGGAGCCUCGCUUCGUAGUGAUGCUCAAGAAGAUCAGGAAGGACUCUGACGAGAAGAAGCUGAAGAUCAUCAAUGAGCGCGAAGAAGUCAUCACUGUCGAAAUGGUUGAUGAGAAGCUGAAGGUUGAAGUCAACAACAAGAAGAUCAACAGAGAGGAACUUGAAAGAUACAACAUUGAAAUGAUGGAGGAAGACAUGGUCCGUGUGAAACUCGAGGACGUCGAAGUCCGCUUCGACGGAUACACCGCCAAGGUCUACAUGGGCAAACGUAUGAUUGAGAGACAGUGCGGCCUCUGCGGACACUACGAUGAGGAGAAGGAUAACGAGUUCCUCAACCCGAAGAAGGAGUACACCGAGGACAUUAUGGAGUUCCACAAGUCGUAUCUCCUGAACGACGAGUGCGAAAUUGAGAAAGAUUUCAUCAACGAGAAGAAACACUACAAAGUUGAGGAAGAGUAUGAGCGAAAAGACGACUUCUUCUUCGACAUCUUUGAGGAGGAAGAAGACAACCGAAAGAACAGGAGAGAGAAGGAGGAAGAGAUGCUUGAAAGGACCCAUGUGAUGGAGUUCUCCCACCGCGUAUGCUUCUCACUUGAGCCCGUCCGUGUAUGCCGCAAGAACGAGGAAAUGGACGAGGUAGUUGACAAGAAGGUCCGCUUCACCUGCUUGCCGCGCACAUCUCAUGAAGCCCGCGAACUCCUCCACAAGGCACAAUGUCUUGACCGGCGGAUGAAGCGCAGUUGGUGGGAGAUUCCUCCACCACUGGGAAGUGGUGGGGUGUUCCAAACCAUACUAGAGCCAGCCAAACUAUUCCAUACCUCGGUGGCAGAAAAAUUGGCACCAGACUUGUCUGAGAGGACAAAAUAUCUGAUACUUGAUAUAUCAGAUAACCUCCGCGAGUCCUUGUAUUGGCUAGGCCCGCAAUUGCAAACUUCAAACAAUUUUGAGAUGGAAUGA